UCCGAUUGGCCAUCGCCCCCCUACAUUGUCCGCCAUUUUCCAGAAAGACGGCAACUUGUCGUAGUCCGACCGUUUCCGAUCCUCAUUCAAAACCGGGAUUUCACAUUUUUCAAGUCUUUUCUUUAACCAAUAAAUUUAACAUGGAAAACAGAUACGUUAUCAAGACAGACGACGAGCGAACGACUGUCAUCACGACCAACAAGAGUAAUUUGACAGUGGGGCAGUUCAGAAAGCUCGUGGCUUCCUCUCUCAACCUAAAGAAAGAUAUCGAGUUCAGGCUCUUUUACGUUGGGAAAGAGCUGAAAGAUAACAACCUUCCAUUGAAGACAUACAAUGUGACACCAAAUAGACCCGUUCAUGCACUGAUACUUGAUCCUUCAAAGAUCCUUACGACGCCUUCCAACCAGCCAUCUACAUCCCAGCCAAAGCCAUCAACUUCUUCAGCACAAGUUACAAGGACAUUUGAUAAAAAUAAUGGUGAAUCAAGUGUAGAUAUUUAUUAUGAGGUUGGUGACUAUGUCGACUUCUGGGAGUGUUAUACAGGAAGCUGGUAUCAAGGUACCAUAAAAGAAAUAAAAUGUGUUCCUAGAGAAGCUGCUGAAGCUGAUGAUGCUUCAGAUGAACAGCAGUUUGUCGUUGUUCAUCUAAGGAAACAAUACAUGGAACAUUAUUUAUCGAUUGAUUUAAUAAGACCUGUAUCGCACAAGAUACUAGAAGCAUCGAUUUUAAAGCCGUCUGAUGUGGUUUUAGUUAAUUUCAAUCCAGAUGGCCAAGGCUUAGGGCACUGGUAUGAUUUCAUCGUGAGAACGCCAAAAACAAAUGACACCCAGCUCUCGGGAGACUUAAAAAUAAAUUCAUACAAUAGGGAUGAGGUGUUAUUUUAUACUGUGCCUGAUGAUGCAAUUAUUUAUGCCAUCGAGAAAAAUAAAAUUAAAUCUGAAUUAACGGCAGACGAAGUGGAAUUAAGAAAAAACGGUUGUCCAUUAAGACCGACAAAAGUGGUCUGCAGUGAGUGCAACGACAGUUUAAAGAAAGCAUGCUUGCAUUGCGGAUGUGGGCAUUGUGGUUUUAAAUACGGUUAUGCUGAAAUGAUCAUUUGCGAUGAAUGUGAAGACUUUUUUCAUCUUCGUUGUGUAAAAUUAGACGAAGUACCAGAUGACCAAUGGUUCUGUGUAGACUGUGUUAAUACUGAUUCUCCAAAAUGCGAGCCAAUCGCACAAAAUAAUGUGCAUUUUGGAUCGAUUGUUGGUGAAGAAGUUGGAGCUAGUUAUGUUGGCAAAGAUGAAUUAUCAACUUCAGGUGUACAUGUUCCACUGAAGUCUUCGUUUCAUUUUGCCAGGAAAAAAGGGGUGGCAAGCAUUUUACUUGAUUCUCAUAAUAUUAUAGACAACGGAUUGACAGUAAUAAUUGAAGGGAAUAAUGCUUGUGUCCACAACAAAAAGAGAAAGAGGCAUAAUUUCAAAGGGUUGAUUGGCAUAAACAGAUUUCUUGUUCAAAAUGGCAGUAUGCAUUGCAUAAAUGACGAAGGUGGAACUGUCAAAAUGUGGAGGGAAGGAAUACCUAUCAGGCUGGUUAGGUCUCACAAAAUAAAAAGCAAAUUCUCACCGUCACAAGGAUAUAGAUAUGACGGAUUGUAUUUUGUCAAAAGUUACUAUAAAGAAAAAAAUGCUAAAGGAUGCCAAGUUUGGAAGUAUAAACUCCAACGUAACGAUCCUUCUCCACCUCCAUGGACUAAAAAGGGCAAGCAACGCAUUGAAAGUCUGGGUCUCACUAGGGUGCUUCCUUCAGGGAGUGCUCUUGAGCCGCCUGCCAGCGAUCACAGUCCUUAUUCCCUUCCAAAUCACAUUGUGAAAUUAAUCGAACUUGAUACGGUGAACAAAGUUUUCUGGGACAGAUUGAUAAGCCAAGCAAUCACAGAUAAAAUGAAUUUGAUGCAAAAGAUUAAGGAGCAGUUCACAUGUCCUUGCUGUUUGGAUCUAUUAGACAAACCGGCUUAUUUUUCAAGAUGUUUGCACACAUUCUGUUCAAAUUGUAUUAAUAAGUCGUUGGAAAUAAGCGGCAGCAGUUGUCCGGUAUGUAGGGCGAAUAUUCACGGAAAUGCCGACAGUACGAAUAAGUUAACAGAUAAUGAAAAUCUUAACAAUAUUUUGCUUGCUUUGUUUCCUAAUUACCAUAUAUAAACUCGUUUGUAUUAUUUGCAUCUACAUAUAUAAAUAUAAAUAUCAACAAAAGAUUGACAUAACUGGCGAAUAAUUUAUCGUUUUUUUGUACAAGAAGAUAUUCAGUAUCUCUUAUUGUAUUUUGUAAAUAGUUCACUUAAUGUUUUACAAUGUAUUCUUUGUACUUACAUGUACAAAUAUAAAUAUCAACAAAAGAUUGACAUAACUGGUGAAUAAUUUACCUUUUUUUUUGUACAAGAAGAUAUUCAGUAUCUCUUAUUUUAUUUUGUAAAUAGUUCACUUAAUGUUUUACAAUGUAUUCUUUGUACCUACAUGUACAAAUAUAAAUACCAACAAAAGAUUGACAUAACUGGUGAAUAAUUUACCUUUUUUUUGUACAAGAAGAUAUUCAAUAUCUCACUUAUUUUAUUUUGUAAAUAGUUUACUUAGUUAUAUGGCUUUGUAAAAUAUAAUUACUUUUUGCAC